AUGGACCCCCAUGAAGAGCCAAAAUGUGUGACCACGCUGACUGAAAGGUGCAUGCUCCAGGCAGAGGCUCCCUCAUCAGACGUCAAGCUGGCGACCGUAGCAGCCAAGAAAGGCAAGAAGGCCGAGGAGGAGGAGCAGCCUGCUGCACCUGCAGUAGCGGCACCAGAAGCAGCAGCAGCACCACCACCACCAGCAGCAGCAGCAGCAGCAGCAGCAGCUCCGGCCGUGGCAGAAGGAGCAGCAGCAGCAGCAGCUGAGGAGGAAGAGGAGGAGGAGUAUGUGGUGGAGAAGGUUUUGGACCGCCGGGUAAUGAAGGGCAGAGUGGAGUUUCUGUUGAAAUGGAAGGGGUUCUCAGACGAGGACAAUACCUGGGAACCACAGGACAACUUGGACUGUCCUGACCUAAUCGCAGAGUACAUGCAGAAACACAAAGAGAAGGAAGAGAAAAAGAAAGAAACCAAGAGAAAAGCUCCCACCGAGGCCACAGGAGACUCAGCAGAACGAGGGAGUAAGAAGAAGAAGGAGGAGGGGGAGAAAGCCAGAGGUUUUGGUAGAGGUCUGCAGCCGGAGAGGAUUAUUGGAGCAACAGACUCGAGUGGAGAACUGAUGUUCCUCAUGAAGUGGAAAAAUUCAGAUGAGGCGGACCUCGUCCCAGCCAAGGAGGCCAAUGUCAAAUGUCCCCAGGUGGUCAUCUCUUUCUACGAGGAGCGCCUCACCUGGCACUCUUACCCCACGGAGGAGGAGGAGAAGAAAGAGGAGGAGAAAAAAGACUAGAUGAGUAGAGGAUGAGGAGGCGGAGUUGUAGGGCAGAAAACCAACUUCAACUAUGUGCUGGUGAACUGUUAUCCAAGUUAGUAGACUCUUGCAGCCACUUUGGCAGAGAAGUGAUAAAAAAAAAUAAAAAAAUCCCAAAUCAUUGGGAUUGAACUGCCAAUGUAGCUGAGAGAGAGAAGAAGUGUGUUUUCCUGCCCUGGAAGGAGACAGCCCUGCUUUCCUCAAAAGAUGCUCCCACUUGUGUGUCAACUGAACACGUAAGAAACACUUUAAAGAGGUAUGUUGACACUUAAGUUCCUCUCCUUCGCUUUACUUCCCUCACCAAGUACAUGUCACUUAAUGGGAGUCGGUGCCUUUGUUCUGCUAGUAUUUUUCAUUGUCGUCACAAACUAUUAAAUUGAAUCCUAGGAAAUUAUUAAAAGUGUUUGUCUUACAUUUAGUGACAAGUGCUUGGUGUUGGAAAUAAUAGGGAUACAGAACCGGCUGUCAAGUUACCUCUUUAAUACAUGUAUUCAUGUGAGAAGCAAACAGAGAGUUUGGCUGUAGCUGGCAAGUUUGCCACUCCCCCCAGUCACUGGUUUGCUUUUAGAUGUCCUGUAUUAGAUAAGAGGGGGAAAGUGAAUUGUGGUGGUUUGGUGAGAACAAACUUUCCUCCCUGUUUUGACUGAAGACACAGGCGGGAACUUCUUUUGAAUGGGAAAGAAGUGAGGUAUUAUGGAGGAGUUAAAGAAUGGACAGAAACCUUUCUCACAGUAUCCGUUCUCUUUGUGCCACCCAAGUUCUCAUUAUCCCGGUUUCACAUUUGAAACUCCACACAUCAAAAGACUGUAAAUUUCAGACUAGCUAGACACAAUCGUUACGUGAACAGACCAGUUGUUGGCUUUAGCCUUUGCGCGUCCCACCAGCCAAUUGUGCAACCAACCAGCCAGUGUUCAGAUGUCCUGCGUUUUCGUGCUUAGCUUUUAUUUCCAUUUGUUUUUAAUACCUGACAGCUUUUUUCGUUAUUGUAGCCAUGGACAAAGCUCCAGAUUGUACUUUGCUUCCUGUUAGUUUUAUUUUAAAAUUUCUGAAAAUCAAAACUGUUUAAAAAACAGUAUUUUAUCAAACCUGAGCUUAGUUUUUUUGUGCUCAUUUUACAGAGUUUCAUUGGCAAGCAUUUUUUGUGAAUGUAAGUCUGUUGAUCUGUUACAAUAUACAGAGUGGGCUUAAUGUAAAUUAGGUUUGAUCCCAAAACUUCUAAAGUUGGUUGGUGAGCUGUCAGAUGGCUGGUGUGUGUGUACACACUGAACUGCUUCAGACAGAUCAGCAGCUGACUGGAUGUCAUUUCCACUGAGUGAUGGGUACACAGUUUGACCUCAAUUGAAGACUUGCAUGGAGCAGAUUCUCAUAGCCGUGUAGACUUGGCUCAGACUGCUUUUGUCAAACCAACACCUCCAGCCUCUUGUGUGGCCGGUUAGGUGGAAGUUCCCCAAUGAGGUCAAUGUUCUAUCACUUAGUGGAUGUGCAUUCAAUAACAAAUACAACUGCGUUCUCCUGCCCAUGGAGGACAAAAUAAAAAAUUGCGACAAAUUUCCACAACCUUGUUUUUAAUCUUUUCACACAUAUUUUCUAGGCUGUAUUAUUUAGCUUGCACUUGCCGGGCGACACUCAAGACAUAAUGACUGCAAAUUUUCAGUAGCUCCUGGUUCCUCUUGCUCGCAGAUCGUACUAUGUUCCACACUCCCUUUCAUAUUUGCAAAUAGGGUAAUAGGAUAGAACUUUUGAAUUCUGCAUGAUCAAUAUAAUCACUUCAUAUUGAAUGUAGCCCGGCUGUGCUUAUUUCCAGGUAUACUCUAUUAAAGCUAAUAUUGUAGCUCACUCUGUUAGCGGACCUAGGUUAGUAAGUUCAAAUCUCCUUUCCCAUUACAGUUUACUAUGGGUGACCUUUUCCUGCUUUGAGUUAUCUUGAAAAGAGAAUAACAUUCUGAAAAAUAUAUUUCCAUAAUUAUAUUUUUCUAUUCCCAGUGGAUGUUUUAUUCUCUGCUUCACCUCACACUGCGUCACAUCACGAUCCUAGACAGAGCAGCUAUUUUUAAAUAAAAUUACCCUUUUCCCCAAAGAAUUUGGUAAUUUUUAGUGAACCCUAACCACGUGUGACAUGUUGAAGAAGGCAUAUAAUGACCUUAAGCAGUAAGUUGCAUUAAAGACUUUACAGGUGACGACAGGUUGUCUAAGCAUAAUCAAAUUCCUACUGUCUUUCACAAAAAUACUUGUUCUACAUUUAACUGGUACCACAUCUAAUGUUUCUGAACCAAAAAUGUUUUUUAAAUCUCUGACUCGUUUGCUGCCCAAUUUACAGUACAGCGCUAUUUUCAGAGUGCUCGCCCGAGCUUUCAGGCUACCGCUAGCUGGCACUAAGGUCAACCGUCCACGCAGCAGUUGUGGCAUGCAAUGCAGUUCUUUACCUCACGCGAGAACCUAGCUGUCACCCUUCAGUCUGUAUACCUGUCACUGUGAAUCUGCAGCGCUCCCCUUGCUAACACCAACUUCUUCCUAGUUAAUUCUGUGGGAAACUGCAACAUCCGUUUGUCUUUUCAUCUGGGUCCAAAUUACAGGUCUAAAUGUCAAUCUGAAAAUUGUAUUCUUUUAGCCAGUGUUUGUUUAGCUGUAAAAAUUUUGGUUGUUACAGGCUCUUAUGUCUUCACAGUGUGCAACAGUCUUAUGACUGAAAUAUCCUUCACUCGGACUCCCCCUUGACAGGAAGGGAUUGAAUUGGCUGUAUCUGGGUCCGCUACUUAGCUUUUCUAUCUUGUCUCUGAAACUGUUCUCAGUGUUUAGCAGAUUAGCUUGUGUUAUCUUGUUGCUUGUAUAUUGGUUUCACGUGGAUUGUCACUGUCAGGCUGAUCUUACUUUGUCUGUUUUGGACAAUAAAGUUUUUUUGUUUUCAUAAUAA